UGACUGAUCUGCAUCAGGACCAACCUAUAUAGAGUAUGACUGCGAUCUGAAAAUCUACAUCAGCAGAAUGAAUCAGUGGAACACCUCUGACAUUUCCUUUGCAGACAUGGGUGGGCAAAUACUUAUGCAAGACUAUGGCUUCAAUGUGCUUUUCCUUUCUUGAUCUUUUCUAUCCUGAACUCUCCCUUCCCCCUAAUUCCCACGGGGUGGGUGCCACUGCAAACUGUAACUGCUGCAGCUGGAGGAGAAAUAUACCAGGGGAAGCUCCCUGACCUCCCCCUAAAUCUCAAGGCUUGUGGCACUGGGGAUCUAUUUGAGCGCCAUCCAGCUCACAUAUGGCAGAGAAAGUACCUCCUCCAAUUCAGGACACGGUUACAACUGAGGAUGGCACAUGCCAGCACCUACAGGACUCAACUCUUCUUGCCACCCACCUUAAAAAGGUGGAAAAUCAUAUUACGGAUGCACGACGCUUCUGCCAUCUUCCAAAACGGUCAUCUGUGGAUAUUGAAUUUAAAGAUUUGUCUUAUUCUGUGAGAGAGGGACCAUACUGGAGGAAGAGAGGAUACAAGACGCUCCUGAAAUGCUUGUCUGGCAUGUUCUGCAAUCGAGAGCUUAUCGGAAUUAUGGGACCUUCUGGUGCUGGAAAAUCUACAUUAAUGAAUAUUCUGGCUGGAUACAGGGACAGCGGAAUGACUGGCGAGAUCCUAGUCAAUGGAAAGCUGAGAGAACUCCGGACGUUCCGAAAGAUGUCAUGUUAUAUCAUGCAGGAUGACAUGUUACUGCCGCAUCUGACUGUUAAGGAGGCCAUGAUGGUUUCCACAAACUUGAAACUCAAUGAGAAGAUGGAUCUUAAAAGAAAGCUGGUGAAUGAAAUUUUGACAGCACUGGGCCUUCUUGAAUGCUCUGGGACUCGUACCAUGUGCCUUUCUGGGGGCCAGCGCAAACGGUUGGCUAUCGCCUUGGAAUUGGUCAAUAAUCCACCUGUCAUGUUCUUUGAUGAACCUACCAGUGGCUUAGACAGCGCUUCCUGCUUCCAAGUGGUUUCACUACUGAGCUCUCUGGCUCAAGGUGGUCGUACCAUUAUUUGCACCAUUCACCAACCAAGCGCAAAACUUUUUGAAAUGUUUGACAAGCUGUAUAUUCUCAGUCAGGGACAGUGCAUAUAUCGAGGUUCUGUAACUCAUCUCAUCCCAUACCUGAAGGGACUAGGAUUACACUGCCCGACCUACCACAACCCUGCUGACUUCAUUAUCGAAAUAGCAUCAGGGGAGUAUGGAGAUUUGAAUCCAGUAUUAUUCCGUGCAGUGGAAGACGGACUGUGCCCCAUUACUAGGGAAAAAAGCAAGCCAACUAUAAGAGAACUUGACCUCUGCCCAACUGAUGUUCCCGGUCACAUUGAGAGUAACACUUUUGCUACGAGCUCCAUGAACCAGUUCUGCAUCCUCUUCAAACGCACAUUCCUCUCUAUCCUGAGAGAUACGGUCCUGACUCACCUGCGUUUCAUGUCUCACCUGUGUAUCGGGGUUCUGAUCGGGCUGCUGUACCUGCACAUUGGGGACGAUGCCAGCAAAGUAUUCAAUAAUACGGGCUUCCUGUUCUUCUCCAUGCUCUUUCUUAUGUUUGCAGCUCUUAUGCCCACUGUACUGACUUUUCCACUGGAGAUGUCCGUCUUUCUUAGAGAACACUUAAACUACUGGUAUAGUCUGAAGGCAUAUUAUCUGGCUAAGACCAUGGCAGAUGUCCCUUUCCAGAUAAUUUGCCCCAUGGCAUAUUGCAGCAUUGUGUAUUGGAUGACUGGACAGCCCCCUGAAGCUAUUCGUUUUCUUCUCUUUACUGCUCUUGCCACUUCUACCGCUCUUGUGGCGCAAUCCCUGGGGCUUCUUAUUGGUGCAGCUUCCAACUCCUUACAGGUCGCAACAUUUGUGGGGCCAGUUACUGCAAUACCUGUGUUACUAUUCUCAGGCUUCUUUGUCAGCUUUAAAACAAUUCCAACAUACCUGCAGUGGAGCUCGUAUAUCUCAUAUGUCAGGUAUGGCUUUGAAGGAGUGAUCCUAACCAUCUAUGGUAUGAACCGUUCCGACCUCCAGUGCAACGAACCCUCAUGCACAUUCCAGCAUCCCCAACAAGUUUUACAGCAAUUGGAUGUUGAGGAUGCCAAACUUUAUGUGGACUUUCUGGUGCUGGGAGGUUUCUUCAUUGGACUCCGUCUUCUUGCUUAUCUUGUUCUCCGCUACCGUGUUAAGUCUGAACGGUAGAUGGCAGCAAAGGAUUCUGCUUUCAGGAAAUUGACAAUAUAUAUCACCUAUGGGACAAGGACAUACUCUCACAGUCAGCUCUAUACAUCCUAAUCUGCUAUUCUCUAUACCCCAUUUAUUUUGUGCAGCGAAACUAUGCACAAUUCCCAUACGGCGUGGCAGAAUAUUCUCCUGCGCUUAUGUUUGUCAAUUGAGCAUGUUUAUUAUAUUGUGUAAAAGUUCCCUACAAUAAGAAAAUCAAUCCGAGGAAUGGGAUUUAAUCAGUGGCUGACAGAGCAUGCUAGUUGUAUUUGUGCAACUGCUGGAGAAAGCCACGGAAUACUCUGUAGUAACAUUGGACCUGGAGCUAUCCAAAGUGCUAAAUUAUAUUGCAUGUGGUACUGUGGGCCUAAGUCUAGAGUUGGACACAAUUUUUACCCUGCUCAUUCUCCUAAAAAGAUGUCGCAAUAAGUACUUGUGUAUAUCGAGUCACACGUAUCUCAAGAUGCGUCAAACUCAGAAGGCAACAGUAUUUCUGUAUAAGGCGCAAAACUGCGUAUAUUAACACCCGACUGUAGUGUAGAGAUAGUGCAGACAGUAUUAGUAGUAAUGCAGAAGUCGAAUAAUCCUAUUUAUUUUGUACACAAUAUAAUGUAAUGAAGUGUCAUACAAGGCGGAAUGAGCGCACGGUCUCUGAGCGAGUAAAAAAUGCCAAAGUUGCAUUCUCUAGAUAAAAUGGAAUGAAAUAAAGCACCCCAACACUUGCUGAUUACCCCUUUAGAAAUCCAGCGGGAAUCUUCUUACCUGCAGUAUUAUGAACAAAAAUGAAAAUGAAGUAUUCCGAAUACACAGCCAAUGAUUUUCUUCUUUUAACAUAGCCAAUUGCCAAUGAAUGAAGUACCAUCAACUUGAGGGAUCAAUACGCAAGCAGACAAUCAAGAGUGGAUAGAGAGUGCUGCAGGUGUCAUAAUUAUCAUCAUGCAUCUUUACACUUGCCCUGAAAUGCCAAGUGCCGUAACAGGGUGAUUUUCUGCCCUGUAACGGCAUGGCUGCCGAGCAUGUGAAUAAGGCAUGCCAAGGGGGCCGCCAUCACCAGGAAACAAAGGAGCCUCCUAAGAAUGCUCUGGGUGGAAAUAUAGGCUGAAGGGUGUCUGCCUGGAGUAUCCAUUGGACGUUCCAGGCAGUUCAGCAGCUGCUCUACUGGCUACUGAAUGGGUGUCAUUCCAAGUACUCUAUAUACCAAAUGCAGGUGCCAUCUGGCAGUGACAGUGCAGCCCCCAGGACCUUGAACCCUGGUUGGUGGCACUACUCGCACACCCCUAGUUAUGAUCCUGGUAGUACCUGCAAAAGAUAUGCCCACCAACAAGCAUUUCUGGUGAUGCGCCCAAGUCUCAUUACAGGUCACGGGUUCAGGGUUUUGCUACAUGUACGUACAACACAUCCUCACUGUGUGAAACUUAUUCUUGCCCUGCUUUUUCCACCUCUCCAGGCAUUAAGGACUGUCAGUCUAAAACAUGCAUAUGAAUACAGUUUCAGUAUGCAUGCAAAGUAUAGAAAUGCAUAUAUGUAUAUGGAUUUUUUUUCAUGCUACUUCACGUACCUUUAAUCUAUCACAUUUUAAUAUAGAGUUAUUAUCUGGGCCUGAUUCAUAACGGCCCAGAUCUGGUGGAAAUUCUUUUUUUUUUUAUGGUGCUGUAUACUUAGCUUGUGCAGUUGUAUCUAGACUUCCACCCAAAUAUAUGAGCAGGAUCCGCUGUAGAGCUUGCGCCAACCAAUGGGAAGAGUUGGGUGGAGCUAGGAUUGGCUAGGUACACCACAAUGCUGAGAUUUGGAUUCCACAAAGCAAUAAAUUGAAAAUGAGUUUUGGAGCUAGCAGAAGGGCCAACAGCUAUUUUACUCCAAAACAACAGUAUUCUUUUGCACUAGCCCUGAGCUGCUUGUGGUUAGGUCUUGCCAUAUGCUUUUAACAGGGCACAUUUUGCACCUUCAGUUAAUUAUUAUUAUUAUUACAGUUAUUAAUAUAGCGCAAACAUAUUCCACAGCGCUUUACAGAGAAUAUUUGGCCAUUCACAUCAGUCCUUGCCCCAGUGGAGCUUGCACUCUAUAUUCCCUAGCACAUUUACACACACACACACUAGAGUUAAUUUUGUCAGAAGCCAAUUAACCUACCUGCAUAUUUUUGGAUUGUGGGAGGAAACCGGAGCACCCGGAGAAAACCCACGCAAGUACAGGGAGAACAUACAAACUCCACAUAGUUAAGGCCGUGGUAGGAAUCGAACCCAUGACCUCAGUGCUGUGGGGCAGAAAUGCUAACCAUUACACCAUCAGUUGCACGUUGGCAGAGGAGCAUUUAUGGUAGUACUUUUCUCAGUGUAGGAAGAAAGGUUAAAAUACACAAAGGUAAUCAUGUAAUAAAGACAGUCCCAAUGUCCCUCCAGUCUGUUGGUGAAACUGCCAUGAGUCUAGGGGGUGUGGCUGCUAUGGGGCUUGGAGGAGAGGGUAGCCACCAAACACAUCAGAAAAAAAAAUCGCUGAAAAUAGAGGUGGUUGCAACAGAUAGUAACUAUCUGGCCGGUCAUACUGGUAUACUGGUAUAUAUGAUAGAUUCCGGGGCUUGGAUGCAGUGAGCAAUGCCAUCUUUAGAUGGCGUUGGUUGCCCUACAGAAAUCUAUGGGCUUCUUUUGCAUUUCCCUGCUGAGAGGGAUCUAGUCGGAUCCUUCCCAGCAGCCCCACAGCACUAGACAGUCAGUGUAGAGCUGCCUCUUUAUAAAGUCCGUACUGAUUUGUAUAAAAGCAAGUGUGAGGUUCCGUUGUAGUCUUACGCUACUGUAUGCGCUUCAGCAUAAAUCUCCAAAUAUUAUGAUACAGAAAAUAUUGGAGUUUUUUUGAGGUGCAAGAAAAAAGAAACAAUUUAUCUCACCAGGAACACCCCACAGUGACGCCCAGCACAAGGGCUCAGUUCAAAAUAAGUUAUUAGGUCUUAUUUACUUGAAUGUUUAAUGUGCAAUGUUACAUUGCUUACAGCAGGCAUGUCCAAACUGCGGCCCUCCCGCUGUUGAGAAACUACACAUCCCAGCAUGCCCUGACACAUCUUUAGCAUUCUCUGACAGUAAAACUGUGUCAGGGCAUGCUGGGAUGUGUAGUUUCUCAACAGCUGGAGGGACGCAGUUUGGACAUGCCUGGCUUACAGCUUCUUGCCAAACUAACACAUUGAUGCCAAACUGCUGCUAAUAUGUGCAUUGCUAUGAAUGGCUGCAAUUCCACCAAGCAAUACUGUCCACGCUCCUUAAUGCUGAGUACCCACUGGGGAUGUUUGCCUUCUUGUGGUUAUCACCUAAGCACUUACAGGUGGAGAAGUCAAUGAAGAAUACACCACUGAUCCGAAUGUGUUCACUUCCAGUGAACACAAGUAAAUAAGCAGACAGCGUCCACAAUAGUACAUAGCAUAGCAAGAUCUCCAACCUGAAAUGGAAAUGUUAGUGGUUAUGGGGUCACUGUAACCAAUGGGAUCUAUGUACACACACAGGAUUUUACUAGCAUACAAAAGCUAAUGCAUGCAUUGUGAUUCCAUGUGGUAAGGGGCCCACGCCUGUCAUGGUCAUAUUUAUAAUGAUUUAAUAGCCAUAACUGAGAGAGAAGGCAAAGGGGAUAUUUUAUUUGUGUAUGCUUCGAUUGUAUCGAGAUUUUACCAGUGCACUAAUACUAAAUAUGACUUAUUUUUGCAGAUGUAUUUAUUAUAUAUCUUCAUUACACUAUUAUUCUAGGGUGAAAGUGGAAAUGAGGAAAAAUGACAUAAUUCCACUAUAUACACAGUGUGUGUGUAUAUAUAUAUAUAUAUAUAUAUAUAUACACACACACACACACACACACACACACACACACACACACACACACACACACACACACAGUGAUUCAAAAGUCGCAGUACACCCUUUUGUUUCAAAAACUGUGCAGGAAAUUGGAAAACUGAAGACUCCAGUAAGGUAUGGGUGAGGUAGGCUAUCUUAUAGGGUAUGUACCGAACAUGGGUGCCAUCUUCAAUCUAAGUCAGUUUUCCCAUUUCCUGCCCAGUUUUUGAAACAAAAGGGUGUAUUGCGAUCACUAUAUAUAUAUAUAUAUAUAUAUAUAAGAUCCAUACCCUGACUCAAAGACGGCAUAUAGUUGAAAUAACUUGUAUAUUCGUAGCAAUGUUGUACAAAAGGGCGGAUGUUGUGAAAUCCUGAAGCGUUGCUUUGGAUACACAAGUAAUUUCAAUGACAGUAUAUGUGUGCUGUCUCUAAAUGCUGCUCUCGGUCAAUGGACCAUAUAUACACACACGCAUAUGUAUAUAUAUAUAUAUAUAUAUAUAUAUAUAUAUAUAUAUAUAUUAGCAACUGCUGAGACCGUCACUCCCAAAUAUACAGUUGUUACUUGGCCUGGUGCGCUCUCCCCGUCAGCAGCGUGACUGACCACCAAUAAGUCACAUAACUGGCUGGCGCUCCCGGCACAGAUACACAGAUUCAAAUUCCUUAUUUAAUGCAACAUUUCCCUGAGGAAAGGACACACAAUAAAGGUCCUGAAAUGUCGGAUUAAUCAAGGAAUUUGAAUCUGUGCAUCUGUGCCAUGAGUUUCCGGGAAUACUAUUAUUGAUGUGAACGAUGAAGAAACUGAGGGAAGAGGACUUUCUAUGUGGAAUAAGCACUAUUAUUUCCACAAGUAGUUGGAGCUAGAAAGACAGAUUGUACGGUGUGCUACAACAGCAGAUAAUCUGCAAUCUCUGGGUACUUUUGUGACUAAGAUUCCCUGAACUACAUCCUGAAGACCCCAUCCUGUGGAUGCGUUUUUCAUGACAAAUUAAAUGUUUUUAUUGGAGGCCAUAUGCUCUCUUUGCUGCUCAAGAAAGGUUUAAAACAAUGUUUUCAUGUAUUAAACAAAUAUAUAUCUCUA